AUGACUAUCGACGUCGAUUAUAUCGAGGAGUCCAUAAAACGAGGAAUCACUGUUGGUGUUGUUCCUUCCGGCGGAGCAAUUCGCACGCGCAAGGAGAUUGAUGAGUUCAUCAAGGAUACGGAUUGCUUCAAUCUGUACCUCCUGGCAUUGAUCGACCUCCAAAGACUGCCUGGCGCCCGCGAAGAAGAAUAUUUCGGCACUCGCCGUCCUAGAUGGAAUGCUGCCUUCUCGUACUUCCAGAUAGCAGGCAUCCAUGGCAGGCCUUUCCACCCAUGGGAUGGAGUCAGUCAGGAAUAUCUAGGAAUUCGGAAGAAGGAAGGAGAAGAUGCAAGGCACCAACCAAGUGUUCAAGCUGGAUACUGCUCUCACUCCUCUGAUCUCUUCCCUACUUGGCAUAGAGCAUACCUCGCGAUGUAUGAGCAAAGCCUCUUUCUCCAGAUGGUCAGCAUUGCAAAGGCAUUCCCCCCGCAAUAUCAAAAGAGAUACCUUGACGCCUGUGAAGGUUUCGGUAUACCAUAUUGGGACCCAUUCCUUCCCCGUCGAAAGAUUCUGAACAAGUAUGGGUAUCCGAUCACCAAGUGUGGCAUUCCCGUCAUCAUGUCAACGAAAGAUGUUCGAAUCAGGACUCCUCGACACCCGGAUCCCCCCAUUGAUGGCCCAAAUCCGCUGUACAGCUACAAGUUUGCUCCCGGGAGUUUGGACUGGGCCGAAGUAGCUGGUCAUCCUUUCAGGGAGAUCUUUAGUGACGUAAUAAACAAUCCAAACAUGACGGUCAACACGAUACGAGGACCAACACCUACUGGAUGGACCAGCCAUCAGUAUGUGAAUAACACGUUGACAAACGCCGUUAGCACUGCAAAUGGCCCAGCUCUGCCCCUUGGAUCGAAGAUAUAUCGCAUACUCCAAGGGCCGCCUCUUUCGUAUACACAGAUGGCGACCAGCGCGUACGUUGCCCAAGCUGGUCCGUCCACAAACAAGGAGAAUUCUUUGGAAGGCCUCCACAACGACAUUCAUACCAUGUGUGGGAAUGGUGGUGACGGGCGGACUGGACAUAUGGGUCUCACCGAAUAUGCUGCUUUUGAUCCAAUCUUCUGGCUCCAUCAUACCAAUAUCGAUCGCAUCUUUGCAAUAUGGCAAGCACUGAACCCGGAUACUUGGGGUUGGGAUCAGACACUGCUGGACUCGCCGACAUAUGUCAAGGGCAUUGGCGAUCGCGAGACAUCCACGUCUUGGUUGAUUCCAUUCAGGCUCAAGAUUGAAGAGAAUUUCCAUCCUUUCGCUGAUCCAGGUUCGGCCUCUAGAGAGCCACCGAAAGUAGAGUGGUGGACCAGCGAUGCAUUGAGAAGAUGCAGCGACCUGGGCUAUACGUACCCAGAACUUCAACUGGUGAAGCGUGGUGAGAAGACAGAUGACCUUCGCCCAUUGCGGCAAUGGGUGACUAACACAUACGAAUGGUCCACGAUAUAUGGCGAGCCUCCUCCUUGGCGAUCGCUGUUUGAGUCGGAGGGCUUCUCUCGAGUUGAGGCACUGCCAAAGGUGUCUAGGAUCGAUGGUAGUGGCGAGCCCAUCUUAAUGGCAACCGCAACCGCAGCGACUACUAAGCCCAAGCCCAAGCCUAACAUCUCAACCAGGAUGACAAACUGGUUCCGCGGACGUGAUGUCAGCAAAAAUGUCGGACGAGGUGAUGAUAUCGAUUGUUACAAGCAUAUCCGCCCAAUCAUGAGAGGUCACACAUUGACACAUUGGAAUCUCACUAUCACGGUCAGAAAAUUUGCGCUGAACGGCUCAUUCCAGAUCUACUUCUUCCUAGGUGACUUCAGUGAUGACCCUCGCACCUGGCCACACGAACGCCAUCUGGUGGGUAUCGAUGGCAUCUUUGCUAACCGCGACAUCAAACACUGCGAGAAUUGCAGACGUCAGGACUCGCUGGGCCUCGAUGACUCGGACACCAUCGCUUUGACAACGAAUCUUGUAGCAUAUUGGAAGAAUGAAGAGAUUCACUCCGAUAUGCGCCUUCGUAGUCUAGAGCCAAACGAUGUGCUACCUUUCUUGAAGUACAAUCUACAUUGGAGGGUGCUGGAUUCCUAUGGCCGGCAGUACGAUGCGCGAAAUAUCGAGUCCCUUCGUGUUGCUAUAGGCUCUCAAGAAGUGAGGCUACCCACAGAAUAUGGAGGAAGGCCUGAGUAUAGUAUUGAACGUAUCUGGCAGGACGUAGCGACUGGUGCUUAA